CAAUCCCGCCAUCCAACUUUGAAAAGCAAAGGCAUUGUAAUUCUAUCCGUCGCGACUGCCCGUCAAGCUUGCAAUUCAUCAACCGCACGAGUCUACACGACCACGACGAUCGACAUCAGUCAAAAUGGCCCCCAAGAAGACCGUCCGCGCUCCCCAGGAGAACAUCUCCCUCGGCCCUCAGGUCAGAGAUGGUGAGCUUGUCUUCGGCGUUGCCCGUAUCUUCGCCUCGUUCAACGACACCUUCGUUCACGUCACCGAUCUCAGUGGCCGCGAAACCAUCUGCCGUGUCACUGGUGGCAUGAAGGUCAAGGCCGACCGUGAUGAGUCGUCCCCCUACGCCGCCAUGUUGGCAGCCCAGGAUGUCGCCAUCCGCUGCAAGGAGCUCGGUAUCAACGCCCUUCACAUCAAGAUUCGCGCCACUGGAGGUAACGGCACCAAGACCCCCGGCCCUGGUGCCCAGUCUGCUCUCCGCGCUCUCGCCCGUUCCGGCAUGAAGAUCGGCCGCAUUGAGGACGUCACCCCCACCCCAUCCGACAGCACUCGCAGAAAGGGUGGUCGCCGUGGUCGUCGUCUGUGAUUGCACCACAUCGUAUGCCUGCAUAUAUUGUGGCAGUUCUCUUUGCAGAGAACUAUCCAUUACAACACGAAUGGAUGAGGUCACGCGUUUCAUGCAUCACCAACAGCAUCUGGGCUUCUCUAUGUGGCGGCAUCUGACAAUUACGAGGAGAACGGCAAUUUCUGCCUGGUCUCCGUAGCUAGUCUACUACGAAUCAAGAUAAUGAAGUCGGCAAGAAUUUUGCCUUUUCGUUGUCACAUUGAUGCGUCUCUUCACUUGGCCGUGGUAGCAGGAAUUGAUGGAAAUGUCUCGCUGAUCACUCAAAUUUUCUUGUGGUUCACGUGAUGUGCAUGUAUCAUGUGACCUGAAUACGGCAGUGAAAGUCUUCGGCGGAGCGAUGGUCAAAUUGUUGAAACACAUAU